CCUAUUCCCUGAGACCCUAACUUGUGAUGUUAAAUGGACUCUCACAAGCUAGCGACUCGGGUAUUGGCGGAUGGCAAUACAUCAACGAGUAACUAAAACUGGUUUUUUAGUUACACGAAGUUGGUAUUGAUCACGUUGGUAAUAAUUGAUGACUGUCAUUUUUAUUUACCCUAACCUAGAAAAAAGCACAGUCUUUAACACAAUGAUUGAUGGUAAUUUAAGUCUCCUAAUUAAAUAUCCAUUAAUUUCCACAAAGAAUCGUAAUGGACGCAUCCAUUAUAACGGUCGCGUCAUGUGUGGGUCCCACGACACCGAUUUGCACGUAAUCGAGGAAAAAAUCAACGGAAACGUGACUUUCACACUCAAAACAACGUUCGGGCCCGAAAUUAACGAAAAAAUCGCCAAAAGUGAGUCACAAAACAUCGUUGAUUUCCUCGACAAUAUUGUCACACUUUUGGCACGAACCCCCCAAAACCACGCCAACUCGUACAAGCGGGUCCUUCACGAAUAUUUUGAAUUUACACGGUUCCACCUAAAUAUAAGAAAUAGCCACAUUUCCAGCGAUCUACAACUGAUCAAAGUCACAACUGUGGACGAGGGGCGCCGGGAGCACCGCCUCGAAAUUUCCGUCGAUUUGGACGAAGUUAGAGACGUUUUCCAGCCAUUGAAUGUUGAACUUCCCGAACAUUUUGUGAAAGCACUCGGGGGGAAAUUCUCAAAUUUGACCGAAAUCUACAGGAGGUUUCUGGGGGUGCUUGAGGAGUUGCAGCCCUUUUUCGAUGUUAUGGACGAGGUGGACGGGAAUUGUGGCGUUUUGGACCCGGAGACACCGACACGGGGGCACUGCCAUCGGCGGAUUUGGCUCGACCAGAACUUGUCAGUGAUUGUGACCAUUGACCCUCUGAACGUGAGAGCAAGACCGGAAUUGAGGUUUUUCGGGCCUGAACGUCUCGUGCAUCAGCACUUGGACGAAUUGAACGAAAAGUUGGAAGAAUGGAACGAUCGUGGCGAUUUUUUGGAGGAAUUAUUAAAAAUUUUAAGUCUGGAAAAGUUCCCCCAAAAACCGAAAACGGACCGAGACGUGCUAAUGGACGUUGGCGAGUGUUGCAUCUGUUUUUCCCUCCGUCUCGACGAGAAAAUGCCGGAAAUAAUCUGUGGAAAUAAAUCAUGCGAGAAUUUUUUCCACGUCCAGUGUUUAUACGAGUGGCUAAGUUCAGUCAACUCGAAACGAAUUUUAAAUCAAAUCCACGGCCAGUGUCCCAAUUGUGAAAAGGAAAUUUCCUGUCCAUUGCCUGACGAUAACGCAGUUACGUAAGUCGGAAUAAAAAUGAAACAAACGAA